CCGUAUGAAUUGCUUUACAGUUUUAAGACUAGAUAGGAAAGUUGGUUACUUCAAUAUCUGACAACCAAACCAGGCAAAUACUGAAAUAUGACUGCUGUAGUGGACUAUCCGCCAUCAGUUGAUGAAACAGAAAAAUUUGCAAAACCUGAAGAAAAGUUGGAAGAAGAAAUUGUUUCGAAAGAGAAAUUUGAAAAUGAAAAAACUAAGAAGAAAAGACGCAAGAAGAAGAAAAAGAAUUUAGAUCACCCAGAGAAGGAUGGAUUUGAUGACGUUUCUACACAAGUAUCCAAUCCUGUGUCUGAUAUGAUAGAACAGUUUGGUGAAAAUUCGAUCUCUGUAGAUAAAGAUUCAUGUGAGAUAGUUGAUGAACAAGACACAGCUGGGAAGAAUGAUUGUGAUGAAAAUGGUGUGAAUAAAAAGAAACGUAAACGCAAGAAGAAGAAAGGCAUGAAAGAGCAGACUGAUCCGCCAACAAUACCAAUCUUUGAUUUGUAUAAUCCAAAGAUUUUUCCAAGAGGGCAAGAAAUGGAAUAUCCACCUGAGAAAAAUGGCAAAACUUCUGAGUGGCGAACAACAUCAGCAGAAAAGAAAGCUUUGGAUACAACUUACGAUGAAAUGUGGAAUGAUUUCAGACAAGCAGCUGAAGCUCACAGACAAGUUAGAAAAUACAUGCAAAGUUAUAUAAAACCUGGGAUGACAAUGAUUGAAAUAUGUGAGAAGCUAGAAGAGACCUCAAGGAAACUCAUAAAUGAAAAUGGAUUGAAGGCUGGCCUUGCUUUUCCUACAGGAUGUUCCUUGAACCAUUGUGCUGCUCACUACACACCUAAUGCCGGAGAUAAAACUGUUCUUCAGUAUGACGAUGUAUGUAAGAUUGAUUUUGGAACUCAUGUGAAUGGACACAUUGUGGACUCUGCCUUCACAGUAGCCUUCAACCCUAAAUAUGACAAACUUUUGGAAGCUGUAAAAGCUGCAACAAAUACUGGAAUAAAGAAUGCAGGUAUUGAUGUUAGACUGGGUGAACUUGGGGGACUGAUACAAGAAACCAUGGAAUCCUAUGAAAUUGAUUUAAAUGGGAAAACAUAUGAAGUGAGAUCGAUUAGUAACCUAUGUGGCCACUCGAUAGCUCCAUAUCGUAUACACGCUGGAAAAUCUGUGCCGAUUGUAGAGGAAGACGACCAAACAAGAAUGGAGGAAGGCGAAGUGUUUGCUAUUGAAACAUUUGGUAGCACCGGACGGGGUUAUAUAGAAGAAGAUAUGGAAUGUUCACACUACAUGAAAAAUUUUGAUUUGGCUGAAGUACAUGUUCCACUAAGAUUACCAAAAGCAAAAAGGCUUCUGCAUGUCAUUGGAGAGAAUUUUGGAACCCUGGCGUUUUGUCGCAGAUGGCUUGAUCGCAUUGGGGAAUCCAGAUAUCUGAUGGCUCUAAAGAAUUUAUGCGACGAAGGUGUUGUUAGGGCAUGUCCACCUCUUUGUGACAUCAAGGGUUGCUUCACUGCUCAGUUUGAGCACACAAUUCUUCUCCGUCCCACUUGUAAAGAAGUUGUGACCAGAGGAGAUGAUUACUGAAUAUUUAAAAGACAUUGGUAGAUUCAGUAGCCACUCAAUAUGAAUUAUCAUAAUCUCUUAUAUAUCACAUCUUAUCAUAUUAAUCAGUAAGUGUAAUUGUAGUAAGCUUCCAUCAGGUUGUUUUAACGUACUUGAAAAAUUGAGAGGUUUCUUUAUAGGAACAGCAAACAAGGAACGAUAUGUUAUAAACAACAGAGCUUUGCUCAAAUAGAUGAACACCUAGUGGCGAUAAUUUUAAAGACGUCACAGCGAAAAAUAAAAGUAAUGGCCCUCUAGCAAAAAUAUAAUCUUACUCACUGAAAAUUUCAAAGCAAUUGGCCCAGUAAUCGAAGAGAAGAGUGACUAUUUAAAAGCGUGUCAAAGAACAACAUGAUAUUGAAACGAUCCUUAUGUCCACUGACAUGUCCAAUAAUCCUUGUUCUGGCAUUUGUAAAUACUUGAAAAUGUGCAGAUCGCGUUAUUUCAAAUGCUUAAAAAUCGGAUAAUUUUGGGGUUUAUUUGUAUUUUGAUUCUGUUUAAUUGCAAUAAUGUAGUUUGUUACAUGUGAAUGAUGAAUGAGAUUUUACGUGUGUUAUGUUAGCGUUUAAGCAGAAAAUACCUUAAUGCGUAAAAAGCGUACGUUUAUUGCGUAGGCCGUAGAAGGAGAAUAUAAGAUAAGUAUGGCUUUAUACCUACCACAGAUAAAGGCGAAGUUGUACUCCGAUGCAUUUUAUGCCUAAUAAAUGUGAGCAAUGACGCUAUGAGACCAACUCGCUUUCUGUGCCAUCUUAAAACGAAGCCCAUUACAAAAGCUUUCAACUUUUUUUCAAAAAGGGGGGCGGCGACUUAAGAAGUUUAAAAACCACUUGCUCUGGUGUCUUUCCAUAUUAGCCGUGUUGUUUCUCUCUUCUAUGAACGAGGCUACUGGAUAAAACAGUGCUUCCCAAACUGGGAAUGAUUACCCACAAAAGGGUAAUUCAGAUUUUAGUAUCUUUGCAAUUCUUUUGUAAUACCUGUUGUAGAAAGGUUGGGCGCGCGGUAUUUUCAUCUAGUCGGUAUAUAUUGUUAUGUCACAAAGUAGUUAGUCGACGCGGUUUGGUGGAGACAUGAUAAAGCAUUGUAAAAUUUUAGGCUAUGAAUAUCUCGUACUUUAUAGUUAGUCGUUGUUUAUAUGAAGGUUAUCGAUUGCCUUUUUUUUCUCUCCAAAUUAUUGCUGUGAUGUAUGAUUCUCUGCAAUGAAAUCCGAUAAAAAGAAAAUAUCCAUACGGGCCAGUGUCUCAAAAAUGCCGUGUCUCACUUGUUUCCAUUAUAUCGUUAUUAUUGAAGUGCUUUCGUUUCAAGGCCAAAAAACUGUUCAUUCGGAGAAGUUUUGUGUGCGUGGGAAUUUUCGUCAGCUUUCAGAAUUAUCGAAAAUCAUGCUUUGACUAUAAAUGCACGCUUUAUUCAACUUUGAUUCCGGAUUUGGCCUAACAAUCACAGGAAAUAGUUACAAAGAUCCCGCCAUGUGGAUAGAAA